GCCUUAUAUAACCCAGCCCGUUGACGUCACAUUCUCUUCCUUUCGUCCAUGACUGCGGACGGAGAAGUUGGCGAUACUAGCAACAUAAGCGGACCAUCUUUUGCGGUUUUUUGGACCGUAAUCUUGUACACCAUUACCCCGUUACAAGACAUCAGAAAGGCGGGGUGGGAGACUAGGGCACAGGUUGGACACACAGCACCGUUCCUGAAGAACCCAGAGGGUCAGUGUCUCUACCGAGAGCAGCUUGACCACAAUUUCGAACCACCUUGGGAUCCUAGCUGACAUUUGCUGGUGUCCCAGAUUUUCUUCUUUGCUGUGUUGUUGCGAAUAUCAUAGUCUCCUGUGUCCUAGCUCCUAUCCUAGUCUGUAUUAACCUUAUCAAGAAUGAAGACUCACAUCAUGAAUAAGGACCUGUCCAUGGAAGUUCUCCGUGACGGCCUCACGGCCCGAGAUGUCCUCACCAACAAGGUGAACUCCGGCGGGCGAGAUGACAAAGACGACGCUUUCUUUGUGUGUGACCUUGGUGAUGUCGUGAACAAGUACAAGAAGUGGGUGUCGUGCCUCCCUCGAGUGGAGCCCUUCUACGCUGUCAAGUGCAACGACAGCCCACAUGUCCUACAGGUACUGGCAAACCUGGGGACUGGCUUCGACUGUGCUAGCAAGACUGAAGUGCAAACGGUGUUGAACUUGGGUGUGGCUCCUGACCGCAUCGUGUAUGCCAACCCCUGCAAGCAGACCUCUCACAUCCGCUAUGCCAAGAAGAACAGUGUUGAUCUCAUGACCUUUGACAAUGAGGAUGAGCUGCACAAGAUCAAGAACUACUUCCCUGAUGCUCGCCUUCUGCUCCGCAUCCUGCCUCCUGCUGCCGAGGCCCAGUGCCAGCUGGGGAUGAAGUUUGGGUGCCACCCCAGUCAGGCACCAAAACUGUUGGAAGUGGCAGCCCAGCUCGAUCUCAGCGUGGUAGGCGUGAGCUUCCAUGUUGGCAGCGGGUGUCUGGAAGCGUCUGCGUUUGCUCGCGGUGUGGAGUCUGCCAAGCGCAUCUUCAACAUCGCUGACCAGUAUGGCUUUGACUUCGACAUGCUGGACAUCGGAGGUGGUUUUCCUGGCCAGGAAAGUGCAGCGAUCUCAUUUGAUGAGAUCGUAGCUGACCUUGGGCCAGCCCUGGACGAGCACUUCCCACCAGCGAGUGGUGUGCGCAUCAUCGCCGAGCCUGGGCGCUACUUCGUGGCCUCUGCCUUCACGGUGGCUGUCAACAUCGUUGCCAAGCGCAUGGUGGCUCGUGACAUCCAGGAGUUCAAGGAUGAAGAGGCUGAAGAUGCUGUGAUGAACUCGGUGGCACCCUCCAUGUGCGAGGAGCCUGCCUUCAUGUACUAUGUGAAUGAUGGCGUCUAUGGCUCCUUCAACUGCCUGCUGUACGACCAUGCUGCAGUUACUCCAUCACUCAUGAGGGAUGUGGAUAAGGAAGAGGCCCUGUUCUCCACCAGUGUGUGGGGCCCCACCUGUGAUGGUCUGGACCGCAUCAUGGAGCACUGCCUCCUGCCCGAGCUGCAAGUUGGCGACUGGAUCUUGUUCGAAGAUAUGGGUGCGUACACCAUGGCAGCUGCCUCCACCUUCAACGGGUUCAGCAAGCCGUCCUGCUACUACGUGGUGGAUGCCAACAUGUGGAGUAGCAACAACCACGCCUUCAUCCAGUCGGAGUGUUACACCCGCCGCCAAGUCAAGGACAGCUCCAUCACCCUGCCGGCCAUCAAGAGGGGCCUGUGUGCCCAGGAGCGCCUCGGUAUCACCCAGAUCCCCAGCGUCGCCGUGCCAGAGGUGUAGGCACGACCACGACCAUCCCAAACAAACAUGGAUAGGCCCUUCCUAAUGACGUUUCCUAAUGAAGUAGAUCCUGUUCUGUGUCUUCAUAUGUUUGAGUCCCUUUAGCAACAAGUAGAGGCAUGGCCUACAAUGAGAAACCCACCACAAUGCGCAGAGUCUGCACCUCAUAUGUGCCAUAUAUUAUUCCAGCUCUUGCAAUAAGUAUCGACGUAGCUCAGAACUGUUACUGUUGUUAAAGGGACUACGAAUGUCUGUAGUGUUUGUGAUGCCAGGUGUGGAAGCAUGAUGAUGUUGUCUGAGUGAGAACAUACAUUCCACCCUUAAUGUCAUCCCUGAUUUAUAUUAUGGACCAACUGAGUGUAACAGGUCUAAUCUCUACCAGAAGUUGUGGAAGGUAGGAAUGUUGUAAUAUGUGACCAAACACAUGAUGUGACACUACCAACUUUUAUGUUUUUCAAGGCAGUUUAUCUUGAAGUGUAUCCUAUGGUAUACACUGCGCUCCCCCAUGGCAUCACAAGUCCUAUAUAAUUCAUAGAAAUCUAUUGUGUGCUUUUAUUUAAUUUCUCCGGCAGUUAAAAAGAAGAAUCCUUACCUAUGUGCUAGGACCAGAAAGAAGAAAUCUGGGAUUGACCUGGUUGGUUAAAUUGCUGCCACAGGUUUUGUUUUUUUGUUUUGCUUUGUGUAUAAUUGUUAAACCAUGUCAUUCUCUCUCAUUGUGUUCCUUUUACAUGCCAAAAUGUGAAUUCUGUGGUAAACAUUUCUAUGAUGUGCGCCGACUGGUCCAGUCUCUGCAUUGAUGUAUACCAACGUUUACUACAAAGUCAAUUGGCAACUACUGAAGCCUGUAGGUCGAGGAGUGUGUAUGUAAUAGACAAAUAUCCAGGGCAUUUUAGCAGUUGGCUUUUGAUAGGUAUACUGUGAAGGUAAGAAUGGUGGGUGAGAUGUGAAAAAGAUAUUUAAAUGAAUACUUUCACUGAAGGUAUGAAGGCUUUAAAAAGCCAUCUAAAAAUGAAAGCUUCUCAAAGCUUGUUAUAUUCGUAAAAAGUUGAUAUAUGAUAGUAGAGACUAUUGUGGAAAAAUGCCUAAGUUUGUUAGGCAUUUGUUUGAAGGAAGGUGUUAUCAGAUAGCAACUGAUGAAAUGCUUGUCAAAUAAACAGACAAAAGGUU